AAUUUAAUUUCAGAGGUAAAAAAAAAAAAGGCUUGCAAAGUUCAUCUUCUUCAGUUUGUCCCACCAUUUUCUGUGAACCCUAAUUACUUCCAAUUCCCAAAAAUGUCGUUCGUAAAACCGCAUAUUAUCCGGCCACCCUCAAUCCAAUGUGCUCCCUCCGACGCUCUCCUCGUAGACAAAGCAAUCACAUAUCUCAAACGCCAUCCUCAGCACCUAAACACCGUCUCUUCCACUUUUACCCCUGAGGCAGCCUCCUAUUUACUCCUCAAGUCCCAGUUGGACAAGACCGUAAUCUUAAAGUUCAUCAGCUGGGCUCGAACCCGCCAUUUCUUCACCUUCCCCUGCAAGUGCCUCGCCCUCCACAUACUCACCCGCUUCAAGCUCUACAAGACCGCCCAAACCCUCGCCGAGGACCUCGCCCUCCGUACAGCCGAUGAUACCGGCGCUUUGGUCUUCGAAUCCCUCAGCGAUUCCUUCCAUUCCUGCAAUUCAAGCUCGGCUGUAUUCGAUUUGGUUGUCAAGUCGUACUCUCACUUGAAUCUGAUCGAUAAGGCUUUGAACAUUGUUAAUUUAGCGAAAGCUCGAGGUUUCAUGCCUGGCGUGCUUUCGUACAAUGCUAUUCUUGACGCAAUAAUUAGGUCCAAAGGGUCGGUGAAAUUCGCCGAGGAAGUCUUCAGUGAGAUGGUUAGGAAUGGAAUAUCGCCGAAUGUGUAUACUUAUAACAUUCUGAUUAGAGGUUUCUGCGGGGCUGGGAAUUCGGAAAUGAGUUUGACUUUUUUCGAUGAAAUGGAGAGAAUUGGUUGUUUGCCGAAUGUUGUCACUUAUAAUACCAUGAUUGAUGCGUAUUGUAAGUUGAAAAGAACUGAUAAAGCAUUUGAGUUGCAGAGAUCAAUGGCGUUGAAGGGCUUGGAGCCGAAUCUGAUUACGUAUAAUGUGCUGAUUAAUGGUUUAUGUAGAGAAGGUAGGCUGAAGGAGACGAAUACGGUUCUUGAGGAGAUGAACAAGAAGGGCUUUGUUCCUGAUGAGGUUACUUAUAAUACACUUGUUCAUGGAUAUUGCAAUGAAGAUAAUUUUCACCAAGCACUUGUUUUGCAUGCGGAGAUGGUGAGGAAUGGUUUGUCUCCUAACGUUGUUACUUAUACUGCAUUGAUCAAUAGUAUGUGUAAAGCUAGAAAUUUGAAUCGAGCAAUGGAGUUUUUUGAUCAGAUGCGUGUUCGAGGGCUUCGACCGAAUGAGAGGACAUAUACAACAUUGAUUGAUGGUUUCUCCCAGCAGGGCUUCUUGGAUGAAGCUUACCGGAUUCUGAAUGAAAUGACAACGAGUGGAUUCUCACCCUCGAUUGUGACUUACAAUGCUCUUAUAAAUGGACAUUGCAUUUUAGGGAGGAUGGAGGAGGCCAUGGAAAUCAUAAGAGAUAUGGUGGAGAAAGGGUUGGCCCCAGAUGUUGUAAGUUAUAGUGCUAUAAUAUCUGGGUUUUGUCGACAUCAGGAGUUGGAGAAGGCAUUUCAAAUGAAGCUGGAGAUGGUUCAGAAGGGUAUAUCGCCGGAUGCUAUCACCUAUUCGUCACUUAUUCAAGGUCUUUGUAAGCAUGGAAGAUUGAUUGAAGCUUGCAAUCUUUUCCAAGAAAUGAUUAAUGUCGGUCUUCCUCCUGACGAAUUUAGUUACACAACGUUGAUUAAUGCUUAUUGUGUAGAAGGGGAUUUAAAUAAGGCUCUUCAAUUACAUGAUGAAAUGAUCCAAAAAGGUCUGCUGCCUGAUGUUGUAACCUACAGUGUGCUUAUCAAUGGACUCAACAAACAGGCUCGGACAAGGGAAGCAAAGAGGCUUCUACUCAAGUUGUUCUAUGAUGAGGCUGUCCCAACUGAUGUUACGUACAGUACUUUAAUAGAGAAUUGCUGUAGUACUGAAUUUAAGAGUGUUGUAGCUCUUGUAAAGGGAUUCUGCAUGAAGGGUUUGAUGAAAGAAGCAGACAAAGUUUUUGAGACAAUGCUUAAGAGGAACUACAAGCCGGACGAAUCGAUUUACAAUGUUAUCAUACAUGGUCAUUGUAGGAGUGGAAAUGUUCAGAAAGCUUAUAAUUUUUACAGGGAUAUGGUGAAUUUUGGUUUUAUUCCUCAUACUGUGACUGUUAUAGCACUGAUUAAAGCACUUUUCAAUGAGGGUAUGAAUGAGGAAUUGAGUACAGUAAUAGGGAACACAUUGAGAAGCUGUCAGCUUACUGAUGCGGAGCUUGCGAAAGUACUUGUUGAAAUCAACCACAAAGAAGGAAAUAUGGAUGCUGUGUUUAAUGUGCUUGCUCAAAUGGCCAAGGAUGGCCUCCUUCCAAAUAGUGGAAAGAUUGUCUCAGGUUGGGGAUAAAACAUAUCCAGCGGUUGAGACAAAAUGGCAACGUUCUUUUCUUGACUCAGGAGAUGAUGAUGGAAAGCUGAAGUGCAUAAUCUGCUUUGUUUAACAAUAAACCCUUUGCUGAAGCUAUCCAUACAUCUCGAUGGAUCCAUUCUCACAACCUAUUUUUCUCUUGAAAUGGAGUUGGUAGUCACUGUUUGGAGAUAUCUUGUUCAUCACUGCACUUUGGUGUUCAUUUCCUGGAAAGCAGUGAUCCAUGCAAGUGAACUCUGGAUGCUUCAUGCAUCUACAGGUUCGUUGCAUUUUCUAUGAAUGGUUUACCUCUAUAAAGGCUCUGAAGUUAGGAAGGCCAUGAGUAAUGUGCCGUUAUCAAGUGGAGUGCUUCUAUACUAUAUCUUCCUUUGAAGAAGCAUGAAGAGAGAGCCAAGCUAAGAAUUGGGGGCGACGAACAUUUUGUUUUGUGUAUGUAAAUAGGAUGAGCAUAUAUAUUUAAUAUUUCUGGUCCAGAUUCAUGGCCAGCUGGUAAACCAUAGCCAAAUUGCUGUUAUAUAAAAAAUUGAGACAAAAGUAUCCGAUAUGCCAGUAAUUUCUCCCA